AAACCAGGGCUGAUGAUUUGGAAAAUGAGGGUGAACAUUUCCAUCAACAAAGCAUGGUGUUUUUAAACAGUUUGAGUUCCUUAAAUUAAGGCUAAUAGAUAUGGAGAGUGCUAUCACACUGUGGCAGUUUUUGCUGCAGUUGUUGCUCGACCAGAAGCAUGAGCAUCUGAUAAGGUGGACAUCAAAUGAUGGUGAAUUCAAAUUGAUGAAGGCAGAGGAGGUGGCCAAACUCUGGGGACUCCGAAAAAACAAAACAAAUAUGAACUAUGACAAACUGAGUAGAGCACUACGAUACUAUUAUGACAAGAAUAUUAUCAAAAAAGUAAUUGGACAGAAGUUUGUGUACAAAUUUGUUUCAUUUCCUGAAAUUUUGAAGAUGGAUUCACACAUUGUUGAAUUUGGAAGAGAAAGUCUUUUGCUGCAGGACAGCAAUCACAAAGUCUUCUCAGAGAAUGAGCAACACAAGAGUUUGCUUACAUCUCGUAAAAGCACCAGUCGCAGCGAUUACAUUCACUCAGGGAUGUAUUCGUCAUUCACAAUCAGUUCCUUACAGAACCAUUCUGAAGCAUUUAAAUCUAUAAAGGUGGAAAAAAGUGAAGAGCAGGUAGAAGAAAGUAUUCCAUCAGAGGAGCUCAGGACGGUUAUAAGAUUUGUGGCAAACAAAACGGAUAAGCAUGCUGCAGUACCAACAGCUCCACUGCAGACUUCCCCAGAGCCAUCUGCUUUUUUCUCCUCUUCAGUAUUCAGCAAAACAUCUUCACCUUUAUUGUCCGCUAAUUCAACAAGUGGGUCUUCCUCACCAUCCUCCCCUAAUCCAUCAUUUUUUUCUGAACACAGAAGCCCCUUUCUUGAAGUAGUUCCUGAUGAUUCAGACCAAAUUAUUGAGCCUCUUAACCUUUCUUCAGACUCGAAAGCCAGGUCUCCCACCUUUAUUGAGAAGAGGCACUCCGAAACUGUUUUCCAAAAGGCUAAGAAACCCAAAGGUCUGGAAAUCUCAGCCCCUCCUUUGUUAUUAUCUAGUACUGAUAUCGCUUCCAUUGCUCUCAGUAGCCCAGCACUUCCCUCUGGUUCCUUAACACCUGCUUUCUUCACUGCUCAGACUCCUAACGGAUUGCUUCUGACACCAAGCCCACUGCUGUCUAGCAUUCAUUUUUGGAGCAGUCUCAGUCCAGUAGCUCCAUUAAGUCCUGCCAGGAUGCAAGGACAGAAUACUUUAUUCCAGUUCCCAUCUCUGUUAAACGGCCAUUUACCAAUGCCUGUUCCCAGCCUAGAGAGGGCAUCAUCUCCUGUACUGCUUUCUACAAAUCCUCAGAAGUCCUGACAGUAUCAGGAUAAAAACAAAAAAGCAAUGUAACUCUUUAUGGACAUAUUUUUACAGUAUUCAGUUUUGACCUCAUAUAUUACAAACAGACAGUCCUGGCUCGGUUUAGGUUUGCACUUUUGUAAUGCAUAAAUGCUCUUGUGUUGACAAAUAUAUUUUUAAGAUAUUCCAUUUUUAAUACCUUUUUUUAGCAUUUCUUUUAAUGGCACAAUUGUAAGUGUUGAACACUGAUGAUAUGCUUAAAUGGGUUCUAACAUGAACUUCCUUACUAUAUGUACCAAGGCUGUGAAAAACCUCAUUUCUAUAUCUUAUGCACUGUACUUGCAAUGUAUAACCGGCUGUGCCUUUUUUUUACUACUUUUUUUUUUUUUUUUUACAAAAUGUUUAAUGUAAUGGUAUGUAAAUGUUUAUAUAUAUAUGUAUUUUAGCAUUGAAAUGAAGGUUUUAAAAAUUAAAGGUGCCAUAACAGCAUUUAUUUUUUCCCAACAGGAACCUAAUUAACAAUUAUUUUCUUUUCAUUUUGUGUUAAAUGCUUAUAUACAGCAAGAAACUAUGUUCUUUGGUAAACUUACAAAACAAUAAAUGUAAUAUUUCUAA